AUGAAGAUGCUUGUUUGUAUGUUUAAAUCUCAUUUGCAAACCCUAAUUAUCAAUCAUCGAACUCUCCCCAAUUUGAAUCACUGUUUAAUUCGACCCAUCUUUCGUAGUUAUAGCCCCAAAAGAACCAUAGAUUCUUCAGAAUUCAAGAUUUCCUUUCUCAAGAACAAAUGUGGCUUAUCUGGAAAACACCUAAUUCGUGCUUCUAAAUGUGUUCAUUUUGAUUCUUCUGAUCACAGACCCGAUUCGGUUCUCGAGCUAUUCCGAAACUUUGGAUUCCCCCAGCCUAAUAUUACCAGAAUCGUUUCUGUUGUACCCCGUGUUCUUCAGUCCUUAAAACCCGAAGAGCUCUUAAAGCCAAAGCUCGACUUUUUGCUUUCUAUGGAAAUGUCUCAUGCAAUGGUGGUCCGUAUUGUCACCAGAGACCCGCGAAUACUCGUUAGAAGUCUCAACAAACAUUUAAUACCCACUUUUGAUCAGCUUAAGGAUAUUAUUGGUUGCGGCCCAAAUGCAGUUGCUCUCCUUAAAUGCGGUCCUUUUAUUUUUACCAACACCGCCGAAGUGUUGCCUAAUAUUCGGUUUCUCCUUAGACAAGGAAUUCCCAUUUCUCAAAUUUUCAAGUUUGUAAGCCAGUAUUCCCGAAUUUUGUGCUAUCCACAUGACAGAUUCUGUCAAGUCUUUUUGAUGGUCGAGGGCAUGAACUUUGAUUAUUCAUCUUCAUAUUUCAUCCAUGCUCUCCAUGCAUUGUCUUUUCACAAUGACUCCACAUGGGAAUCUAGAUGUUUGUUGCUUAGAAGCUUUGGUUUCUCUAAUGAUGAGAUCCUUAAAGUGUUCAAGAAAUCACCACUGAUUAUGUGUUAUAAGGAGAAUCAUAUUAACAAAAAGGUGGAGUUCUUUCUGAAGAAAUUACAGUGGACACCAUCUAGGUUGUCAUGUAACCCAAAAGUUCUAUGCUAUAGCUUAGAGAAGAGGACUAUUCCAAGGUGUUCAGUUCUGCAAGUUUUAGUCUCAAUAAGCAGCACCAGUAAGAGUUACAAUAUAUCAACAAUUUUGGCGAUAGCUGAGAGAAAAUUUGUCAGAGACUUUGUAAGUGUAUAUAAGGAUGAACUACCCGAGGUAAUGGAGGCAUACAAAGGGAAGAUGAAAUUUGAUGAAUACACUUUCAAACAGAAGGGGCUGUUAAAGCUCUAGCCAUCAAUUAUUAAUUGGGCACCAGUCACAUCACUGAAUCAGCAGAAAUACCAGGAAGAUAAUUAAUGGGAUGAAGAAGUUUUUGUUUUAGACAGUCUAGUCUAUCUAGUAUGUCGAGUAUGCCAAGUUCUUGUAGCUAUAGCUUAGAGAAGAGGACUAUACCGGGCUGUUUGAUUUUGCAAACUUUGGUGUCUAACAAUAGCAUUCACAACAGCUUCAUGUUUACUACGAUAUUGCAGACUACCAACAUGAAAUGUUCAAAAUACUUUGUAGCUGGUAAUGAGGGUGCAGUUCCUUAAGUAUUGGAUGCAGACAAAGGUUUUUAUAAUAUCACAAAAUGUUAUGGCGCAUGGAUAAUCUUGCACUACUGCGUUAAAGGCAAAAUAAAUGGGUUCACUGUCAAAGUGGCCAGAUUUUCAUAGCUGGGAUUUCAUGUCUAACUUCAGGAAGCUUAUGGGGGUUUAUAUACGGCGAUAGCAGUUUGACAUAGGAGAGAAAUUUUCUUCUUCAUGAUGAGUUUAUUUAAACGUCUGAGAGUUAUGCAAAUAUAUAUAUAUAUUCUUUCAGCAUAAGCUGUAGCCUGUAAGCUGCAAUGUUCUGGUAGGCAGAACAUUAGCAAUAUAAAACUGUUAAUCUUAAAUGAAAACGGAAUGAUGAUACCCCUCAUUCAUCUCCACCCCAUCAAGAGAAGGAGAAAUAGGGGCAUGACCAGAAAUUCCAAAGGCCUUGAUAUGAUCUUUCAGUGACCUUUUAUGCUUGAAAUCUGAACCGCAUGUACAGAGCCAACGUUUCCCACAAUUCUUUUCAUGGGUUCGCCAGUCCCCUUUUACGGCCAGACAUUUGCCACACUUUCGACAACAGAAUUGCUUCGUUCCAUGCUUCCUCUUGUAAUGUGUCUGCAGUGUUCGGAAAUCCUUCAAUGGCCUGGCCCUCGGGUGAUUCAGAUUAUUCUUGCACCCUUCUUCACAGCAGUAGCAGGGGAUUCCUGACAUUGCUCGUGGCUGCACUCCCUUCAGCGAUUCAGGUCCUUUGCGAUAUUGUGAGCCAUGCCCCCACAUGUGCAUCUUCCACCAAUGGUAUAUAUAACAUGCAAGCAAAAACUAUUAAUGAGGAAGAACUGCAAAUUCGAACAUAUUAUAAUUUGCAUGAAGAUCUCUAAUCUGAACUAACCUGAAGAUUGUUGUGGCGAUUGAAUGUUUUGUUACAGAUGUGGCAUGAGAAAUUUGUGAAACCGACAAGAAUUUGGGCAGGACUUGGUAUCCAGUAUUUGGUUAUUGGUUGAUGAUGACUAGAGUAUCUAGAGCUACUUUCAGAGGUGCUCAUUGCAAGCCCGAUAUGUAAGGUGACAUUCAAGUCCUCUUUAUCCCCAUGACACGACGAGUAAGAAUCUUGAUCUGGCAUCACGGGUUUUGGGGCUUCGGAUUGAAGAGAGCUCAGAAUUGUGGAUGGCAAGGAUUCAAGAAAAUUUCGAGUUUCCUUGGGAAAGAAGUCAACAAGUUGAGUAUGAUUAUGGUCUAAUGUGAACGAACCAUCGGAGAGCUCCAUAGUGAUUUUAACUGCAAAAUAACUUGGAAGAUACUAUAUAGGCGCUUAUAAUCUGGACUCUGGCCAUUUGUUGUCACUGACACUAUGAUUCUGAGACGCGUUUUGCUGAAAAUGGAUAUCUGCAUAAUCAGCGUCCAAGAAUUCACAACUUUGUACUUAGAAUGGUAUUCAGACCGGAGAAAUUUUAAGGAGUUCUGUGAUUCUGAAGGAAAUGGCCUUUUUAUCUUUGAUUCUUGUAUCAAAACGAACCUGAUGUAUCAGACUCUGUAAGCGGAGAUGGCAAGGUGUACGAAAACAGACCAUGCCUCUACUCAAAGCAGUGAAGAUGCUGCUAUAUCUGUUUGAACACGAGCAAAGGUGUUCUUUGAUCAAUCUCUAUUAUGUGUAUUCUCAGCUUUACAAUGAAGCUGAAAAACAGCACUAUGUUGUCAGCUACUUAUGCACUUGACUAGUUAGAGAUUUCAUAUUCUUCUGGACCUUUGGAUGCAAUCCUAUCAUUACUUAUUA